AUGGAAGACGAAGUCGCUGCUCUCGUUAUCGACAAUGGUUCCGGAAUGUGCAAGGCUGGCUUUGCCGGCGACGAUGCCCCUCGCGCUGUCUUCCCCUCUAUCGUUGGACGACCGCGUCACCAAGGUGUCAUGGUUGGAAUGGGCCAAAAGGACUCUUAUGUCGGCGACGAAGCCCAGUCGAAGCGUGGUAUCCUGACGCUCAAGUACCCCAUCGAGCACGGUAUCGUCACCAACUGGGACGACAUGGAGAAGAUCUGGCAUCACACGUUUUACAACGAACUCCGUGUUGCACCAGAGGAGCACCCAGUGCUCUUGACCGAAGCUCCCCUGAAUCCAAAGGCUAACCGAGAAAAGAUGACCCAAAUCAUGUUUGAAACGUUUAAUGCCCCCGCCUUUUACGUCGCCAUCCAGGCCGUCUUGUCGCUCUACGCCUCUGGACGAACGACGGGUAUCGUGCUCGACUCUGGUGAUGGUGUCACGCACACCGUGCCCAUCUACGAGGGUUUCGCUCUCCCACACGCCAUUCUCCGUCUCGAUCUUGCCGGUCGUGAUUUGACCGACUAUCUCAUCAAGAUUCUGAUGGAGCGAGGUUAUCCGUUUACGACCACGGCCGAGAGGGAAAUUGUCCGUGACAUCAAGGAAAAGCUUUGCUACGUCGCCCUCGACUUUGAGCAGGAAAUGCAGACGGCCGCCCAAAGCUCUGCCCUCGAAAAGAGCUACGAACUCCCCGACGGACAGGUCAUCACGAUCGGUAACGAACGCUUCCGUGCUCCGGAGACCCUCUUCCAGCCCUCGUUCAUCGGCCUCGAGGCAGCGGGUAUUCACGAGACGACGUACAACUCUAUCUACAAGUGCGACCUCGAUAUCCGUCGCGACUUGUACGGCAACGUUGUCCUCUCGGGUGGUACGACCAUGUACUCUGGCAUUGCGGACCGUAUGCAAAAGGAGUUGACGGCACUCUCGCCGGCGACGAUGAAGGUCAAGAUUGUCGCACCUCCGGAGCGAAAGUAUUCGGUCUGGAUCGGUGGAAGUAUCUUGGCGAGCUUGAGCACGUUCCAAAACCUGUGGGUCUCGAAGCAAGAGUACGACGAGAGUGGACCAGGCAUUGUCCACCGAAAGUGCUUCUAA